UGGUCCUGUGAAGAUUGGGAAGCACUGUAGGAGGAAGGUGAAGAUUUCAAAGAUGGACUACAGGAGCAGCAAUGGAAGAAGAUAGUAACCUUAGAGGAGCCAGGCUCUACUAACUCCCAGAGACAGAAACGAAACAUAGCCACAGCUCGCACUGAGCCACCUACCUACAGGUUGAGGAGACCCAGCUGGAACAGAAAACGUACCACACCUAUAUCCAUGGCCCUACCUGAGGGCCCAGCAGAUGGCAGCCUCCCUGAAGGGGACUUCAGUCCAUCCACGGGCACUGCAGGACCCAGCCAAGACCUAGCCAGCCCUACUGCCCGCAGACGGGCCCUCCUCCGUGAGCUAGAAGCCCAGGUGCAGGCUGCCUAUGGACAGAACCGAGAGCUGAGACCAGAAGAGAUCGAAGAGCUGCAGGUCGCCUUCCAGGAGUUUGACCGAGACCGGGAUGGCUACAUCGGCUACCGGGAGCUGGGUGCCUGCAUGCGGACACUAGGCUACAUGCCCACGGAGAUGGAGCUCAUUGAGAUAUCACAACAAAUCAGUGGUGGGAAGGUGGAUUUUGAAGAUUUUGUGGAGCUGAUGGGUCCCAAGCUGCUGGCAGAGACGGCAGACAUGAUUGGCGUGAGGGAGCUCCGAGAUGCCUUCCGGGAGUUUGACACCAACGGGGAUGGCUGCAUCAGCGUAGGCGAGCUCCGGGCAGCCCUCAAGGCCCUGCUGGGCGAACGCCUCAGCCAACGGGAAGUAGAUGAGAUACUCCAAGACAUUGACCUCAACGGAGAUGGCCUGGUUGACUUUGAAGAAUUUGUUCGGAUGAUGUCUCGGUGAGCCUGUAUGAAGCUGGAGUGGACUGGCCUAGAGGAUCCCAGCCUCCAGAUUGCUGUUCUUUGAAGGUCAUUGUGUCCAGGACUGUGCGCCUCCUCCCCAUCCCUGCCUGGGCACAGUGCCCUCUCCUAUGGUCGCCCCAUACCUCGUCCUGGUUCUCUGGCAAUAAAGCAUCUCCAAGCUUGU